GAUAAUAAUCAUGAUCAUGAAAACCAAAACACUUCAUCCAAAUCCAACGGUCCAGAUCCCUCCACGCAACCAUCUCAUUUUCUAUAACAAACACGAAAUGGCGGCGUACGACAACGUUGGAGACUACGAACACAAUAUUGUUCCCGUAGACACGUUCGCAUGCGAUCAUUUCCGCAUGUACGAGUUUAAAAUCAGAAUGUGCUCACGUGCAAAGUCACACGACUGGAUCGAUUGUCCGUACGCUCACACCGGCGAAAAGGCCCGCCGUCGCGACCCCCGGAAGUAUCAUUAUUCCGGCGACCCGUGUCCGAAGUUUCGUAACGGCACGUGCGGUAAAGGCGACGCGUGCGAGUUCGCACACGGCGUAUUUGAGUGCUGGCUACACCCUUCUCGCUAUCGUACGCAGCCGUGUAAGGAUGGUGUUAAGUGUCACCGAAAGAUAUGUUUCUUUGCUCACUCAACUGAUCAGCUCCGAGUCAACUCAGUGAGUCAGACUGAGUCGUUGACUGGGCAAAACUCGGUCAGCGAACUCGUAUUCUCUGUACCCAACUCGCCUGAUCGGCUCCGAGUCAACUCAGUGAAUCAGACCGAGUCGUUGAAUAGUCAAAACUCGGUCAACGAACUUAUGUUUUCCGUACGUGAUAUGGAAAUUGGAAAUACUACAAGGUUGAUGAGUAUGAGUUUGAUAAACGGGUCCGGGUUUUGUUCAACACGGAGUCUGUCUAGGAUCCGACCCGGGUUUGUUAGUUUACCGUGUACCCCAACCAAACCGGGUGCUGACCCGUUUGAGCAGUGGGAUGAUGGGAUUAUUGCUGAUGAAAGAAUUAUGGAAAGGGUGGAGUCUGGGAAGGAAAUUAGAGCUAAGAUUUAUGCAAAACUCUGUAGAGAGAACUCGUUGGCGGAUCGGGUCGGGUCAUUUUAUUAACUUUGCCUUUUCUCUCUACUUGAUAUGUCUUUUCUCACUACUUGAUACGUUUGUUGGGGUUGUGAAGUGUAUGAUGGUGAUGUGAAGAGGACUUGUAUGCUUUUCUCGAUGGUUAACUGUAGAGUUCGUGGGAUGAUGCGGACAUCUCUCACGGAUAACACGCGACGUUAGAGAAAUUUCAUAUUGUUCUGAUUCGCCUGGCAUGUAUUGUCUCAAAUGUCAUCAACAUGUUAUUAGUGACAUGGAUAUGGAUGACAUGGGAAGUCUCAACUCGGACAUGAAAAAACAAAGAUGUGAGCUCUAUUUUGGUGAAACAGAUAAUAUUAGUGAUACGAUAGGUCCAAUGUUCCAACGCGUUUCAUUUGGUUGUUGUCCAUGGUGACGAACGAAGAUGGAUGGGGUGGAAAGAGUUGUGUUUUUAUUUUUUUUUUAUUGUUUCAAUUUUGUGUGGGGUGAGUUUAAUUUGGUUCAUGGCU